GUGGUUGAGAACAAGUCUCUCUGCCAUUUGCGCGUUGGUACGUAACGUCAGUGUUUCUCUGGUGCUUCGCUUCUCUUGUGUCUCACUCGUUAGUACCUAUUAAUAUAUUUUACAUUAAAACUAAAAAAAAAUAUUUAAUCCCAAGGAUUUCAAGUGUACCUAAGUGCUUCCUCAUUAAUUGAUCAACAACCAUGGCUGACGUCGAUUCUAAAGAAACCAAAGUCGUUGCUUCCCCAGAGAAAAAAAUAGUGGAGGAAGAAAAGAAAAAGGAGGUCACCGAGGAAGAAGUAAAUGAAAACUCGAGAUCAUCAGAGACUGAGAACGGAGGUGACAGUGAUGCCAAAAAAAAUGGCUCAACAGAAGACAAAGAAACCGACGAGAAAGAAGUUGCGUCGACGGAAAAUGGUGACUCACCAGUAACACCUGUCGAGGAAGAUGUGUGUAGCAUAAAGAGAAAAUCCACUGCUGGUUCAGAAGCUGUGGAUGCUACUGAUGGCGUAGCUCCUGAAAAGAAAGCUAAAGUUGAUGACAAACCCGUUGUUGAAGCUGAAAGCAACGGUGAUGCCAAAACUGCAGCCUAAUAUUUUAAUUAUGUCAUCUGUACACCGUAAUCCAUGGACAUUACCAUCAUCUAAGCGUUAAUUAAGAUUUAAACAGAAUCAUCAGUGUGCAGUAGGAGAAGACGAAAAGAUUAUUGCAUUGUUAAUUUUUUUUUCUUUAUUCAAUCAACAAUAUCAAAGUUAAAUUACUGUAAAACAUCUCAUCUUUCAUGGAUUAUCAUACAUUAAGUUAAAUAGUGUUAUAGUAUCCCACCUAAAUAUAUGUAUUAUAUUACCGUUCUUCAUACUCGUCCUCUCCUACAUGCAAAUCCAUGCACAUUAACCUGUUAUAUUGUUACGAUAAGAAAUAAGUACGCAAAUAAUGUUAUAAGUACUAUAUUUGUAAUUCGGAAAUAUUUUAAUGCGAUGCUGUGAGAUAUUCGAUUCUCGCUAAAGAUAUUGCCGAAUCUAAACAAAUGUUAAAUUGUAUUUAGCAUUUUCAGAGAUAACUUUACGGUAUUAACGGCAAAAAAAAACUUAUUUUUCUGUUAACUAAUACAUUCCUGUAUCACAAUUUAGUAAAAAAGAAAGAAAAACCAAAUAUCUAUGUAAGACUAGCAUCGCUGACUUCCGGUUAACUUUUUUUUUUUUUCUAUUCAUUUAAAAAUUUCAAUCCACCGUAGAAUCAUAUCUAUAUUUAUUCUUGCAACAAAUUUUCCUGUUGACUUUUAUUAUUAAUGUCCAAAAAUAUUCUACGGUGUAUUGAGUAAUAAAAAAUAAUAAUAAUGAAAAAUAUAUAUCGACUUUCCUUACAAGUCAAAUGUUUGACUCGUAGUUGUUUGUCGUGUUUAAUGUGGAAUGUGUAGGUUCAAAACUUAGACAAUUUGAAAAGAAAAAAAAAAUUAUUUAAAAUUCAUUUAAUUAAUAAUUAUUCCAGAUUUACUUUUUUUUCUUUAGUUUUUUUUUUUUUUUAAUAUUUAUUUAUUGAUAAUUCAGUUAUAUAUAAUAACUUUGGUACAAAAAAAAUUAUGAUUUUAAUAAUUAUAACGUAACAGUGCAAUGUGCAGCUAUAACUUGAUUACAGACUUAAUAUUAUUUUUCGACUUAUAACAGGAAUAUAAAUAAAUAUUAUAAUAUUACAGGAGUAUAAAAAUGUGUAAUAAAAGUAUCUUAUAAAUUUGA